UCGGAAAGUCCCCGGCGCUGCCGGUGGAAAUCCCCGGUGGGGCUUUUUGUUGUUGUGUGUUUUCUCCUUUCUUCCUCGCCAGGGCGCUGAAACAGAAAGGGGAAAAAAAAAAAGCCCCAAGAGGCUCGGCUCAGCCCCUCAUUCCGCGGCGGCAACAGCAACAACAGCAACAGCUCCGGCGCGGAGAGUGCGGCGGAGGGAAGCUGAGCCCUGGCUCGGUUCGGGGCUUGAUGGCUGCCGAAUACAACUUCUCCCCACCGCCCCAGCCCCGUUGCUGAAGCAGGAGUUACCGACCGGAGGAGGAGCCCGCCGGCGGACAGAUGUCUUCUAGAAACAUGGCUGGCCAACACAUCCUUCCCCAAGCUUUGUAUCAGAGCAAUAUGCUGAAAGCCAUGAAGAUUAGAGAGAGGACACCUGAAGAUCUGGUCAAACCCCCCAGUGGAAUAAUUCACCACUUCAGGACUAUGCACAGAUACACCAUAGAAAUGUUCAGAAUGUGCCAGUUUUGCCCUCAGUUUCGGGAAACGCUUCAGAAGGCCCUGACUGACCAGGCCACCCAGACUUCGCUGGAGCGCCAGAGGAAGCUCAACUGGUGCAUGGAAGUUCGGAGACUUGUCCCUUUGAAGACUAAUGGUGAUGGCAAUUGCCUCAUGCAUGCUGCAUCACAGUACAUGUGGGGUAUUGAAGAUAUUGACCUUGUCUUAAGAAAAACAUUGUUUAGUGCACUGAAGGAGAUUGACACACGGAACUUCAAGCUCCGCUGGCAGCGGGAGGCUAUUAAAUCCCAGGAGUUUGUAGAAACAGGACUCCACUAUGACACCCGGAACUGGGAGGAGGAGUGGGAAUACCUCAUUGAAAUGACCUCCCCAGAAACAUCUGGGGCUCGAAACAGGCUUCCAUAUAAUGCACUGGAAGAAAUCCACAUCUUCAUCCUUGCUAACAUCCUCAGAAGGCCAGUUAUUGUCCUUGCAGAUAAAGUGGUAAGAAGUUUAGAGUCAGGCUCCAGUUUUGCUCCUCUGAACGUUGGGGGUAUUUACUUGCCUCUCCUUUGGCCAGCAGAAGAAUGCUACAGGUACCCAGUUGUGCUUGGCUAUGACAACAUGCAUUUUACACCACUAGUGACUCUGAAGGACAGCGGACCAGAAAUCCGGGCCGUCCCUCUGGUCACCAGUGAAAAAGGCAGAUUUGAGGAUUUGCGUGUGCACUUUCUGACAGACACAGAAGAGAGGGUGAAAGAGCAGCUGCUGAAAGACUAUUUGAUGGUGAUAGAAAUUCCAGUGCAAGGCUGGGAUCAUGGAACAACGCAUCUAAUUAAUGCUGCAAAGUUAGAUGAAGGCAACCUACCCAAAGAAAUAAACCUUGUGGAAGAUUACUUUCAACUGGUGCAGCAUGAGUACAAGAAGUGGCAGGAGAAUGCUGAACCUGCAAGAAGAGAGAACUGCUCCAGGAACAGACAGGAACUGUCUCUUUCCCAGCUCUCCCUCUUACAGGUGAAAUGUGAAACACCAAAUUGCCCUUUCUACAUGUCUGUGAACACCCAGCCCUACUGUCAUGAGUGCUUUGAGCGGAGGUCACAAGGAAACAAAGGAAGAAAGCAGACCUCCUCAACAGCACCUGAGAAACUGAUGGCAGCUGGGGCAGGCUCCUCCCAUGGCGAUGUUAUUGAGCCUGGGGGAUGGACAUCUGAGGGGCCUGUAACAGGGCCUCGCUCCGCACCUCCAAUGGCUCCAAGCCUUUUCCUAUACAGCGAGACCACAGCCAUGAAAUGCAGGACACCAGACUGCCCCUUUACAUUGAAUGUGCAACACAACGGGCUUUGUGAACGCUGCUACAACUCCAGGCAGCUUGGUCCUUCCAACAACUUGGAUGACCGGAAACAUUUAGACUAUGCCACGUGCAAGGUGUGCCGUCAGAAGGUCAAAAGGACUUUCAAUGGCACAUGCAGCACUUGCUUCAAGAGGUCUACAGAGCGCUCCUCAAAUGGCAGCCCUGCUUUACUGCCCGCGUGCCACCAGAGAUCCACAUCUGACCCAUCACAGAUCUUGCAGAGCCUCCUCCAGCACCCCUGCCAUCAGGUUCCCAACAGCCCUGACGACGAGCCACUGCCACCAGUGCUGCUGCCGGAGGAGAAGAGAGGGGGCAACCUCUGCAGGAAACCUGGCUGCAAGUUCUUUGGGACAUCGCAGAAUGAGGGCUUUUGCACGCUGUGUUUCUUUGAGUACAGGGAAAACCAUGACAGCGCUUUGCUAUGCCACCAGAGGAGACCUCAGAGGAAGUCCUCACCAGUGGGUCAGUCAGGGACCUCUGCUGCCACCUUCCGUAACACUGUGUCCUGCCAGUGGCGUAACUGUGACACCCUGGGCAGCACGAUGCUGGAGGGGUACUGCCAGAACUGCUUCAUUAAAGCCCAGAACCAGCGAUUUCAGGAAGCAAGGAGAACAGAAGAACAGCUGGUGAGACAGCCAGAAAGAACAGAGCAGCGCAGAGAUCUGCAGCGAACAGCAUUGAGUAAGCAGAAGAGACCGUGUGCUGUGGCUUCAUGUAGAAACAACCUGGACAGCAGGAACAAUGACUUGUGCCAGGAGUGCCAGCGCCUCGGUCUGCUUCCACCAUCAGGGAGUGCCAGGAACCCAUCUGCAGAGGAGCCCCCAAAGCAGCGCUGCCGAGCCCCUGCCUGUGAUCACUAUGGCAAUGCCAAGUGCAACGGCUACUGCAAUGAGUGCUACCAGUUCAAGCAGAUCUAUGGCUAGUGGAGGGGAGGACUUGGUAAAGAACAGGAAAGCAGUACCAGCUACUUCCUUUACUGAAAUGGUGCUAUGUCCAGAACACUGAACAGCCCUGGGAGGGGGAGGGAGGGGAGGAAUAUAAGUUGUGUGCUCAUGUUCAUGUUUAUUCCCAAGAUGGGAAUAAAUGUCUACUUCCUCUAAACACUGCAUACAAGGACUGCUGAGAAAAGCAGGUUGCCUUCUGCACAGAGCUUUUGUGACUAAGCUCCUACAAUGCCAUAUUUAAUUCUUGGACUUCCCAGGAGGAAGUGUGAAGCAUUUGAAUCCAGAGAACUUCCCAGUUCUGCUUCUUUCUUAAUACCUCCCCUGCUCCCGGGUGAGGCGCUGCAGCUGCUGUCAGAGGUGCAGGACCUCUUUGUGUUCGCAUACAUCAGUCAGAGGCAAGUCUUUCCUGAGCGGGAUCCUGCAGGACAGGCUGAUGCAACUUGCAGUUCAUGUCUAAAGAAACUUGCUGUGGGUUGCAUGUUGGUGUUCUUACAGAGCUCUUCUAGGUGGGAGCUCCCACAGGUGUUCAGGGUGUUAAUGGUGAGCAGUGCUGUGUUUGCAGAGCCCUCGGUAAACCACAGCCAGAUACAAGACCAGCAUUGGUCUGCUCCUUUAACAUGUUUAACUAAUCAGCAUUUAGAUCCUUUCCCAUAUCCCAAGACAUCUGAAAAAACAGGUGAUUACAGAAGCAACUUUCAUGAGCAUAUGCAUGUGAUGGGAAAAUGGAAUCCUGCUGUUCCCUGCUCUUACAGAAGGAAUUGCCUCCAACAGACAAAAAAGAACCCAAAGUCCUUCAGCUUCAGUUCUGAAACCAGAGGAACUCUUCUCUUGCAUUUUAAGUGUUGGGAAUAUGCGUGCUGCUCUUCUUACCCAUUUCUCUGUCAAUUCUGUCAUUCUUGAUGUGAUUCUGUUAUGCAAGCAGCUUGGAGCUCCAUAGGAGAAUGCUUUUGGUUUGAGAUUUUACUCCUGGAGUUCAAUCUCUGCAGUACUUUUGUGAUCUUGCUGUUACUGUUGUGCCUGAUGCCUGCUUCUCUAUUCUCCUUUCAUGCCUUGAAAGUUUUCAGCAUCUAUUUUGCUGCUAUGAUUUUGGAGGUGACACCUCUUCUAAGUUGCUUCUCAAAUUUAGAAACUUUCUCUACUUAUCAAAAAACAGUUUUUUGAAAAGACAAAAAAAAACAAACUCAUGACUUAUUUCUGUUAAAGUUCAUGUAUUUGUGAAACUUAAUGUGAACAUGUUUUAUUAAAAUAUUUAUACUAUUUGAAACAAUGCAACUUGAAAUUUGCACAGCUAGGUUUUUUUUUUUUUAAUGUGUAUUUACCCUUGUGUUGAAAGUUACAAACUUAAAUGUAUAAUUGAGAAACAUUCUCUGAUAUAAAGAAAUAAAUUAUUGAAGGAU